UAAUCGUCAUGGAACCUGCCAUCAAGUCGACUCAAAAUACGCAGCUCGCAGGUGGUACCCCACAAUCGAAAUCUCCCGGGUUCCAUUUGAGUUUUGAAGAACUCCGUCGCAUCCAGGUUUUAGAAGCGGUGGAGUUCCUACUUCACCGCGACCACUAUGAAGACCCCUUCCAUAGAAUCUUUCUAGAUCUUUUCAAAAUGAAGGAAGAGGAGGGCAAAGCAGACUUCGAAGAGAGUGACCACGAGGGAGAGAGAGACGACGAAGAGGCAGUUGAUGAUGGUGCUGGAACCGGAGAAGGCGAGGAUUCCGGCUACGGAGUUCCCAUCUUUAUUGACAAUAUGCGUCGAGAAUACCAACAGGAAAUCAUAUCGGUUCUCGAUGACGACACCCUGCGAGACGCUAUCAAGGAGGCUAACGUUACUGGAAUGAAAGAAUGGGAUGAGAAAUUCGGACAGGAAGACGGGGAUAGGUUUUGGAGAAUGCAAGAAAGUAUCCCCUUUGACGUACCGGGCACAUUCUUUCCUUUGCCCAGGAACGAGGAAGACGAAAAUGAAAGACAGGAGAAAAUACAAAAGGCACGGAUGGAUGCAUCGAAGAAAGCAGGUCUCGAUGAAGACGAUUGGUUCCGCCACAGACCCGAGGUUCGCGACGAAGUUUCCAUUGACCGUCGCACUCUCGUAUAUCUCCGUACUUUGCACUCGAUUCUACUGGACCCGACUAUAGGAAUGUCGCAGGCGCUGCGUGAUGGAUUUGUUUACCGUUUGGAAGGUGCAGACUAUUACAAUUCCUGGAAGGUCGACUAUUUUUCUAUGCGCGAUUGGAAGAUGUGCAGCGAUACGCAGCGAGAGGCUUUUCUCAAAAUCUUUACCCUUGACGAAGACUCUAUGGAGGAAUGGAGAAAUCGCCUCGGUGAAAAUAAGAUGUGCCACACUCGCAGUGGUUUUGAUACUGAGUUACGGGGGCUGCGAGGUCUCAUUCACGAAAAAACGAUGUUGAAGUGGGCGUUACCGGAACUCGAGUGGUUGGACGAAGACACUGUGAAAGAGGGAGGUUAUAAAGAAUGCCCAGCGUGUGCCGUUCGUCUCAGUGAGAUUGAUGAAGAUGAAGCUGAUGCGCCACACCGUACCGUUCGUGUUGACUCUAAAUCCGGACCCGAGUUAUUUGGUAAAUGCUGCUAUGAUCAAUUCCUCGAGAAUCUUGAACGUACUGGCUGCGAAGGUUUAACCGUUGAGAGACCACAUUGGGACUUGUAUAACGGACUUGCCGUGCUAGGCACGGAUCCUACGGCUGUUGCGGAUGGUCUCGAAUUGAUUAAAACAUACGUGGAUGCAUUACCACCUCGCCCUAUCAUUCAGGUAUCUUCCGUCGACCUGGAGCACUACGGUGCCUUCUUCCGGGCAACAGUAACCGAUUUGACCAAUGAGAUAGCGAAAUACAGCUUACUAGGAGUGCGGGAACGUCUCACGGAAGUUCGGAUUUUGGGUUACUAUGUGGCUUAUGACAGGCUUAAAGCGUUUGCUGACAAGAACGUCAGCGAGUAUCGCAAGGUAUUGCAGAUACAGGCGGAUGUUCGCGGUCUUCAGGGCUGUUUGACUGCUAAACACAAAGUGUUCGAAUGCUAUAAGAACCAAUAG